AUGAGUGCUAUCAUCCAAUCCUCAGAUGAGAAACAGGUCAGGCAAGUGCCUGGAACUACUCAAGAUGUCUCAACAUCACCAUCCGCAGAUCAAGACAUAGCUAUAGCUAUAGUUGGGGAACAUCGACAUGAAAUUGACCCCGCGGUAGAAGCUCGAGUCGUUCGAAAGAUCGAUUGGUUUUUGGUUCCUGCUAUGUUUAUUGGAUAUGGACUUGUUUAUUAUGAUAAGGCAAUUCUAGGGUCCGCAGUGCUCUUUGGAAUGACAACCGAUCUCUCCCUAUCUAUAACCAACACCAAUGUCACGCCACACACAACCGAUACAUCUCGCCUUAGUUGGGCAACAUCAGUUUUCUACUUUGGCAUGUUGGCAGGUUUAUAUCCUAUGACAUUUGCGUUGCAGAGAUUCAAUAUGGGUAGAAUAAUAGGGAUCGUUGUGUGCUUAUGGGCAUUGAUUUGUAUGUGCACAGCUGCUGUAACGAACUGGCGUGGUUUAUAUGCACAACGAUUCUUUCUUGGUUUCGUCGAAAGUAUCAUUCCAACUGGGUUUAUGUGUAUAAUCACUUCUUUUUAUACACAAUCCGAACAAUCUCUAAGGCAAAGUUGGUGGUUUUCCUCGACUGGUGCAUUUACCAUUAUUGGUGGAGCACUCAAUUAUGGCUUUGGUCAAAUUGAAGGGGGAGAUCUUAAACGUUGGCAGUAUAUUUAUUUACUUGCUGGAUCUUUUACCUUUAUUUUUGGAAUUUGUUGUUUUUUCGUACCUGAUUCUCCCGUCUCGGCUUGGUUUCUUACGAUGGAUGAGCGUGUGGUGGCCACGGAACGUCUAAGGUAUGGUCAGACGGGUAUUCGCUGCACCAAAUUCAAAUGGUACCAGAUCAAGGAAUCUUUACUCGAUGUCAAAGUAUGGCUGGUGGCUAUUAUGAUGGCUUCGGCUUAUACUGUCAACGGAGCAGUUAGUGGCUUUGGUCCUCUCAUCGUUUCUACUUUUGGAUAUUCGACUUUAGAUUCUAUCUUAUUUCAAUUUCCUCUAGGCGCAAUAUGUUUGAUCUUCAUUCUACUCACCGGUUAUCUCUCAUCACAUAUCCCAAAUAUACGCAUCAUACUCCUCAUCAUUUGCUGUCUUCCAGUAAUCGCUGGAUGCGCAAUGAUAUGGAAAAGUUCAUGGUAUCAUCAUGCGGCAACCCCAGUGGUGGGAUACACCAUAAUCGGAUUCUUUGGUCCAGUAGUGAGUUUAAUCAUCACGAUUGGUAUGGCAAAUGUAGCCGGACAAACCAAAAAAUGCUUCAUGGCAGCCACGAUUUUUGUGGCAUAUUGUGUAGGGAAUAUCGUGGGACCUCAGUUGAUCAUGUCACAAACGAAGUCGAGACAUUACCCAGAGCUUUGGUUAGGAUUGAUUAUCUGUUAUUGCAUUACAAUUGUUGCAGCGGUGGUGUUAUAUGUUGUAUUAGCGAGGGAGAAUCGAAAGCGAGACACAAUGGAUACAAAGUGGAUCCGACCCACCGUCUACCAAGGCGUCUACAACGCCAUCCGCGCUCCAUUGAACCCCGAGCUCAUCGCUUGUCUCCACCACUACACUACCACAUAUCCUUCUACGCCUUCAACCCCCUUGCCGGUGGCCUUCUCACCUCGCGCUACUAUCGCUACCCACCAGCUAGCUAGACGUCGAACUCACACUCACACUCACAUCUCGAUUCGACAAUUCCAAUUCCAAUUCCAAUUCCAAUUCCAGUAUGCAAGGACAAAUUUACAGAAAAAGAUACCGGUACUGGAAUGA